CUUAAAUUAAAAUUAGUUUUGUUAAAAUGAAAUUCGAUAAAAUCUGUAGGGUGUGUUUAAUAGAAAAAACUGCUCUAAAACCGAUUUUUAAUGCAUGUAUUCCAAACAUGUUAAUGAGUUGUGCUGCUAUUCAGGUUAUCGAAGGAGAUGGUUUACCCCAUCAAAUAUGCACUCAAUGCUUACAAACUGUAAAUCGUUCCUACACAUUUAAAACUCAAUGCGAAAAAUCCGAUGGUAUUCUACGACAAUACAUCAAUAUUAUCCCUUUGGAAACCACUCAAAGUAUUAUAUCCGACGAUAAAAACGACCACAUAUUUAGUUCCACUGAAGUUUUACAACAAAGUUCGAUUUUUAACGAUAUUUUUGAUGAUGCUGAAACGCAUUCUUUAGUCGAUAACUUCACAUCGCAAAAUUCAGAUCUUGCGGAAACAAUGCAAAGUUUACGUACAAUUGCUGAACAAUGUUUACCGGCAACUUGGGAAAAUGAACAAAAUUUAUCAACAGAAAAUGUAACCACGACAUGCGAUGGUUUUAAUUUAGAACAAUUAUAUAAGUGCCAAUUUUGUGAGGAAAUAUUUAAAGAUGAAUGGAGUUUAGGUGAACACAUAAAAGUUCAUACAGGUCAAGCUAAAUAUUAUUGUGAAAUGUGUGGUAAAGAAUGUAACACCCCUUCAGCAUUAGAAAAUCAUUUACAUGUUCAUACAUUAGAUAGAAGUAUUGAUCGGGUUGUUGAAAAAAAGAAAAUAAGUUAUACAUGUAAUUUAUGUGGUAAAGAAUUUCCUGAUGUUAAAACGUUAAAGAGACAUUAUAGAGAUGAGCACACUGAAGAAAAUAAUUUAUUAGAACGAAAAUACGUUUGCAGUAUUUGUGGAAAACGUUAUAAACAAAAUAAACUGCUAAUUAUCCAUAUGAGAUCACACACUGGUGAACGACCACUUAACUGUGACAUUUGCGGUAAAAGCUUUUCAUUGCCCAGUUCAUUACACAAGCACAAAUUAAUCCAUAACGAAAUUAAAAAGCACAAAUGUAAUUUAUGUGGAAAAUCUUUUCAUCAAAAUUCUAACUUAAACGCACAUAUUCGUACUCAUACAGGAGAGAAACCCUUCGUUUGUAAUAUAUGUGAUAAAAGAUGUUCUACAAAUGUUCAUUUAGAGAUUCAUUUGCGCUCUCAUACUGGAUUAAAACCUUAUCAAUGUUUAAAAUGUGAUUGUGCUUUUACCACUCAAGGUCAAUUAAAAAAGCACAAUUUAAGACACACGGGUGAACUUCCUUAUAAAUGUUGGCAUUGUGGGAAAGCUUUUCGACAAAAAGAUACCCGAGAUACCCACGUGAGAUAUCACACUGGGGAUAGACCGUAUGCCUGCUCUUUUUGUCCGAAAAAGUAUAUCGCAGCAAGUCAUUUACGGGUUCAUAUGAAAACUCAUACAGGUUUGCGAAAAUUUCAAUGCAAUAUUUGUUGUAAAUCGUUUACAGAAUCGAAAACGUUAAAAACCCACAUUAUGACUCACACUGGGCAGAAGAGAUUUCAUUGCAAUGUUUGCGGAAAAGGUUUUAUUCAACAAGGAGCUUUUAAUGUACACAUUAGAAACUGUCAUAUUUAAUAAGUAAGUUUUAUUACAACUGUGUCGUAAAGGUGGGUUGGUAUAAUUAUUAAUUACAUUCCAUGAACUUCAAAGUUUUAUAUGAACAUUUUUGUGCAAGUAAAUUCUUAGCGUUC